AUGGCCUUGUCCAGCAGCAACACCAAGUCGUCGAUGAUGCCGGUGGAAGGGCCGGCCGGUGCUCGCCCCUCGGAGAUCUCGGUAGACCCCUUUCCCAACACCGCCAACGCCAACGCCUCCGGCGGCGGUGGUGUUCCAGGGCCCAGCGUGCCGGGCGCGACGGCCGCUGUGGUCCGAGGGGACAUCGCGAAUGGGGUGGAAAUGUUCUUGGAAUGCAUGUCGCGGCGGCGCCUAAAGCUAGCGGCGGCGACAGCAGCAGCCUCGCCGAAGCAGGGAGGGGUGCCGGCCUGCAACGUGUUCCUUCGCGCGCUGGGGGACGCCGGGAGGAUAGACGACUGCGUCGCGGCCUACGAGGCCAUGUUGGCGUGCCAGCUCCGCCCGACGAUCGUCACGUUCUCCACCCUCAUCUCCCGGGCUGGGGCGUGUCGCAGGGUCCGUUUGGCGGAGAGAUUUUUCAGGGAGAUGCUCGAGGCGGGAAUUACCCCGGACGUCCAGGCCAUCAAUUCCCUCAUCAACGCCUUUGCGAAGGCGGGCAGUCCGGAUCAGGCGCUCAAGGUUUUCGACCAGAUGUCUCGCUAUGGCGUGACCCCUUCCGUGAUCACGUUCAACACGCUGAUCGACGCGUGCGGUAGAGCCGGCGACAUCGACCGGGCGCGACAGGUGUUCUCCCGCCUUUCCCAGGCGGGCCUCAGCCCCAACGACAGGACGUUCUCGGCCCUGAUCCACUCCCACGCCGUGCAGGGACAGGUCGACGAGGCGUUCUCUUGGCUGCAGGAGAUGCGGGCGAGGGGGCUGGAGCCCAACCGCGUCACGUACUCGGCGCUUAUCAACGCGUGCGGCCGGGCGGGGCAGCUCGCGAGGGCGUUCCAGACCCUGGACGAGAUGUUCGGGACGGGGAUUGAGCCCAACGUGGUCACGUGGACCACCCUCAUCGACGCGUGCGGGAAGGGAAAGGAGCUGGAGUGGAGCUUUAAGCUAUUCAAGGAGAUGCGAGAGAGGGGCACGGUGCCCAACGGGGUUACCUGCUCAGCGCUGAUGGACGCGUGCCUCAAGGCGGACGAGCUCGACCUGGCCUUCGCCGUGCUGGAGCACAUGCUCGACGUCGGCAUAGAGCCUACGGAGGUCACCUACACGUCCUUGCUGACGCAGUGCGCAAGGUUGGGCCAGGCGGACAGGGCGGGGAUAGUCCUCGACGAGUUGAACAAAAGGCGGCCGAACAGUAGCAGCAGCGGCGGUGGUGGUGGCCGAAACGGCGACACAAACGCCGCCGAAUUUGUAAGAGAAGUCGGACACGUUGACAGCGACACGCGCAGUAGCAGCGGCAGAGGCACGGGUAUCGGUGAUGUCGCGCGGAAGGAGGCUGCUGGAAGGGGACCAGCCACGGCAAUGGCUGGAACUGUUUCGGCUGAUCCAGCUGACAGCGAGAACGUAACGGAGGCGUUUUUCUCUGGAACGGUGGGGAUAACACCGGGGCCAGCGGGGAUCGACACCAUCGCGGGGCCUAACCCUUUGCCCCCCCCGAUGGCGACGGCGGAAGCGAUAACGCGGGGGGGUGCCACUACUGGAGAAGGAGGAAGCGGGGAGACUGCAACAGCACGGGGAAGAGGCGCUUGGAGGAUGAACCGCAAGCUGGAGAGCGACCUCCUCCAGCUCUUCGGCCAGGCGGACCAGGUCGACGCUGCGUUCAAGGUGCUGGAAGGGAUGGUGGAGAGGCGAGACUCACCCGACGGUGAAACUUGGCUGCUGCUGCUCAACGCCGUCGACACCGCCGGAGCCCUAGACAAGGCCGUGGAGCUCAUGGAACGCUCCAGGGCUGAGGGCCACGGCUCGGAGAUUAACGAGCUCACCUACUCGGCGCUCCUAGGAGCGUGUGGCCGCGCCAAGAAGCUGGCCCGGGCCUUUCGGAUUGUGCAGAGCAUGAGGGAGACAGGCGUGAAGCCCACCGAGGGGACGUACUUGGCUCUGAUGGAAGUGUGCCGGCACAGCCGGGACAGCAAGGCGGCGGUAGAGGUGUUCGAGGCCAUGGAGACGGAGGGAGUGCGCCCGGGUGUGCGGAGCUACACGUCCUUACUGAAGGCGAUAUCCGAAGAAAACACCCUUCGCACCCGCGCCCUUCAGCGCACGAGAAUGCUGGAGACACGCAGGUCGCCGCCCUCCUCUUCCGCGGUGCGUAGACCCGCCGAGGGCUCUUCCGUAGCCGCUGCCGCCAGCGCUCCCGGUGCCCCCGCCCAAAGCUCGCCCCUUCCAUCGACAGCGCCAGGCACGACUAGUGGCGGUGCCUCAACACUACCGCGAGAUGGGGUGGACGAUCGUGGAAAAUCAUUGGACGUUCGGGCCGAUGCGGUGGGAACGACGAAGGUGGUCGCCGGGGGCGGGAAAGGACCGGCUGCGGCGGCGACUCGGGCCCACGCGAAAGAGGAACCUUCGGUCAUCGCCGCGUGGAGUUCUUCAUCUUCCGGAAGAGGUACCGCAGGACCGGCUACAAAAGCAGGAGGGGUGGGGGGUUACGCAUCCAGCGGUCGGUCCGAAGCUUCUCUUCGCGGCCCCACCGCCGAUCCAACCGAGUCAUCACGAGCACCGUCGUCGACGUCCUCGGACAAUGCCAACCCUGCCCUGGACAACCUUUUCCGGGUGUUCCUCGUGUUCCAGGAGAUGCGAAGCAGGGGGGUGCGGCCCGACUUGCGCGCGUACAACGCGCUGGUCAACACGUGUGCGGACCUCGGCGAGUUCGACCGCGCCCUAGGGGUGGUUCGCCUGAUGGUAGACGACGGGGAAGGGGGAGGUCUCCAGCCGGACGCGGUGACGUACACGAGCCUGAUAAAGGCGGCCGCGAGGGCUGUCCCUCCAAGGGUGGAAGAAGCGGAAGAGAUUUUCGCGACGAUGCAGCAGCGGACGAACCACUUCUCGACCUUCGCCCGGCCCACGGAGGUGACGUACGCGCACCUCAUGAGGGCCUCGGUCAUGGCGGAGGACUACGGGCGCGCCCUCGAGAUCUGGCGGCAGCAGCUGUCCGCCGGGGUCGCCCCCGGGCCCCGCUCGACGCGGGCGGCGUUGGCGGCAUGUGGGGGGGCCGGGGACGUGGACACCGCCCUCCAGGUUUACGACGUGAUGCGCGAAGGUGGCAUCCGACCGAACAGCCGCGCUUUGCUCGACCUGGUCAAUCUCUGCCGCGCUAACGGCCUGCAGAGCGUUGCGGCUCGCAUUAUGCGGGAGCGUAGCAAGACGGAUGCCACCACCAACAGACGCAGGAGCAACGUUUCGAUGCGAAGAAAUUCCGCCGGUAGCACCUCCCGCAAAAGAAACAAAAGCACCAGAAACACGUGCAGCGCCAACAGAGGUAGCAGCACCAGCAGGAGCACCAACACUGGCGGCAACACAAGUAGCAGCGGCAAUGGCGGCGGCAGCAAGACUGGCACUUGA